AUGGAUAAUGGUGGGAAUGGCAGCGAAAGAAGUUUUGUAGAUCGGCCUGGACCUUCUAGACUUGUUCGAGAAGUAGUAAAUGAUGAAGAUGAAUUCACUAAUAGCAAAAUAAGACGCACUAGUUAUAACUCAUUACGAAAUGAUCCAAAUUCUGAGGUUCACGUUGAAAACAACGCUGAUGAUGAUGAAGAAUUACAAAUUAUUCAGGAAUCGACAGGAAUCGUUCAAAGAGAUGCUAAUGGCGAAAUGUUUGUAUUAAUGGAGGAUGGGGAUGGAAACGAGAUGUCUGUUGAAUAUGUAGAGGAAGAUCACUUGGAUCAAAUUCAUUACUCACCUAUAAGAGCAUCAAGUUUAGAACCUGUGUAUCAAAGUAGAAAUUUGGUUCAUAUCCCUCAGGGAUUGAAAGCUCGUAAAAAUAGACAGUAUGGGAAUUGUAAAUGCCCGGAAUGUGGUGCGUCUUUUGUAAAUACUGCUAGGUUAGAGCGGCAUUUAUCUGUUCAUCAGGUAUUCGGGUCUUUUUUAUGUCCGCUCUGUGCGAAAACAUAUAAAUACGAGUAUAAUUUAUUUUAUCAUUGGAGGAAAACUUGUAAAGAUCUUGAUGAGCUUAUUCCUACUCUACAACGCAACGAGAUGGAUGUAGCAACUCUUAGGCAAUUAGUGGAUGAGGUUGUGAAAAAGAAAGCAGAUUUUGGACCAGUUGAUAUUGGGGUAUCUAAAUCAGUACUAUUUCAAUCAGGUCCUCUUUCUCGAUUGGAAAUGCCUUCCAAUCCUUUAGGUAAAAGAGGCAGCUCUUGUCGAGCUUGCGGGAUUGUGGUUUACACUAAUCACAUGCCCAAACAUUUGGCUUUACAUCAAGGAGAAGGUUUGCCCGAUGAACGAGCAGUCACUGGAGGUUAUGUAUGUGAUCUGUGUGGCACAGGGUUUCGACAACAUUGUAAUCUGAUUAAGCAUUGGAAGUCGGGAUGUCCUGAAAUACAAGCGAACACAAUGAACAAUGCAAUGCUUUUGAGUGAUAAUGAGCUCAGACACGUUGUUGCUGAUUUACUUAAACGAGCCGUUACCAUUCAGUUGGAUCGAUUAGUACAACCUAAACAAGAUUUUGGUGAGAAUACUAAUCAUAAUCGAGAAGUAGGUGGUAGCGACGAACCUAAUCGCUUAAUUAUGGAUCGAUACGAUGAGGGAACUGCUGUAGAAGUCAAUCAAAGACAGUCUAAUUGGGAGAACACUGAUCAAGCUGUGGUCUUUGCUGAUGAUUUCGAUGAGGAUAUGGAAGGAGUUCUAGAGGGUUCCAUGGCUCUAAUAGGACAAGAGAAUAGGGAAAAAUGGCGCGUUGGAGGCCCAGGAAGUCUAGGUUUGCAAUGCCCGGAAUGCUUCAGGACUUUUGCGAACGUGGGUAGGCUUGAACGACAUAUAGCAGGGUUCCAUGCUUCUUUUGGCAGUCACCACUGUGUACUUUGUGGAAAUAGGUUUAAAUAUGAUUAUAAUCUUCUUUAUCACUAUCGGCGGAGUUGCCCGUAUACAAAAACUUUCAUCCAAUCGGAAAUUCGGGAAAACGUUGACGCACCAUCUCUACGACGAGCUGUAAGAAAUUUGGCUUAUAAGGAAGUCAAGUUAUCACCUCAAAUGAAACCUGAGACGUUAAGAUUGAUUCGAGAAAGACAUCCAAAAACUAAUAACGACACUAAGGUUCGAAAAGAAAUGUUCAAAUACCCUGGACAUGGUGGCCCUCCCCCUCCGCAGCUGUUAACUCCUCGACAUGGUGUUCCAGGAGCGGAAGCUUGUCCUGUUUGUGGAGUAUUUUUUUAUGGCAAGAAGUCACUAGAUAGGCAUGUUCAAAAUGCUCAUGGUUUGGAUCCAUCCGAGCCUAUUUCUCAAAACCCAGAAAUUCAAAUAGUUAAUGAUGAGAGAAACUUUGAGAGACGAGAGGAAUAUCUUGUUGAGUAUUUAGAUGAUCAGGAAGAAGAUGAUGUGCUGGAACCGCCACCUCAACUAGAACGGCAUGAACCUGUACAGCAAUCACCCAGUAGAGAGAUAGAUAAUUGCGCUAUAAUGUUCCUAGAUGGAGAGGGGAAUCCUAAUAUGGAUUUAGAUGAAGGAAAUGCAUCAGUGUUGUCGCAAAUGUUCGAGAGGGGGGAGGUUAACGUGGGAGAUCGCAUUACUGUCACGAACCAAGGAUUACUCAUUCAAUUCAAUGUGAUCUCUUUCUCAACUAAUAAGCGACCAUGGUCUGUGACCAUAGUGAAGGAAGCUACUGUCCCGUCUCUGGAAGAUGAUAGUAUGUAUGAAGAACUAUUGAAUAAUCCUGCAGAUCAUAACGACGGUCAUUCUGAAUUUGGCAGCGCCAUCUUGGAAGAAGAAGUCACGGACAUCCAUGAAAUCAAAACAGAGAAAAGAGAAUAA